UUUCACCUUCUGCUAGCAUAGAUGUGUUUUUAAGCCUUUUCAUAUAUUUUUUGGAUCUUCCAUUUUAAUCCUUGGUGAUUAUCUCUGUUUUCUGUUGUUUUUCUUCCCUCCCCUUGCAGCCAGUCCAGCAAGAUGGGUUUCCAGGCUUGGCUGCCUCUGCCGUUGCCAAAGCAGCUGGUGGUGUUUGGGCUGGGAGACUGGAGCUGUUACUCCCCGGACACACGCAUCAUGGCGGACGUGCUGGUGUCCCCGGGCAUCGCACCACAGCGGGUCGGCACGCUGGAGCCCGCCCGCAGGUCGCAGUGGGAGCUGGCACUGCUGGGGUGUCAGGAGGGGCGGCCUGGAAAAGCUUUCUGCUCUGUGGUGCUGCCUGGUUCUGCUGGUGUCAUCACAAAGCUGCUCAGGCCUGCUGGUCCUCCACCAUGGUGUUUCUCUCGAGUGAUACUUUCAGCUUCCUUUUGGUUGCUUUCAGAGGUGGAUCUUUUUUGGCUUUGGGGUGUUACCAGCUAGCGUGGAAGCAGGAAUUUUUCCCUGGUCAGUGUCAUUUGUGGGCUGAAAACCCAUGGUCCCCUGUGCAGGUCUCUGGUGUGGGAAGGUGACUGGAGGACAGAUAUUUUCAUGGCCUCGUUGAAAGAGAUGGACAAAGGCAACCCUGUGAAGCUUGUUCUGACUGUCAAUGGACAGUUGCUCCGAGGUGUCUCCAGCAGUACACCUGCCCGCCCCUUCCUCGUCCCGGAGACCACCCAGUCGCCAGUGCUCCCAGCACAUGAUAUGCCCCUUGGCCAGGACCUGGAGGAUCCCACUGUGGUUAAGAGUCAGAGCUCAGAGGUGACUGCUAGAGCAUCCAGGCCUGGGAGGAAGGACAUACACCCACCACAGAGGACCCUGGCCAUACCCUGUGCCCUGAAGCCACCAUCUGGCAAAGUGGAACCCAGUGAGGCCUGGAGGCAGAGUCCUGUCCACCCCAAGAAGCCCAGGAAAGUUUUAUUUGAACCCACAGCAUCUGAGAGAGAUCUCAAUGAAGAAGAUCUGGCGGUGGAGGAGUUGCAAGGCAGCCCCAGUCCACGGUGGUGCCAUGCCAUGUGCCUCAGUGACCUAAGGACAGCUGUUCUGAUCGGUGGAGAAGGUGUCGAUCAGCAGUCCUGCAAGGAUGCACUCUGGAAGCUGGAAAUUGACAGUGAUUUCUGGCUUCCAGUGGGUUUCCAGCUACAAAACGCCAUGCCAUCGUGCUUGCAUGGUCACACAGCUACCUACGACCCAGACACCAAGCGUAUCUACAUUGUUGGGGGCAUAAGGGAGGACAAAGACUACAGCAGCAUCUACAUUCUGGACACAGUCACCUGGAAAUGGCUCCUUGUGGCUGCUAAAGGGAGGAUGCCAGUGCUCGCCUACCACAGUGCAACUAUCUACCGCAAGGAGCUGUUUGUUUUCGGAGGGACUUUCCCCAAAAAGGCAUCACUGGCACUUGGACCCUGUAGCAAUGUGCUCUAUGUCUUCAAUCCAGAGCAUGAAAUUUGGUACCAGCCCAUCUCUGAAGGGGAGAAGCCUCUGCCUAGGCUUGGGCAUUCAGCUACUCUACUGAAGAACAAGCUGCUGAUUUUUGGGGGUCGGAGGACUUCUUUCUACCUCAGUGACAUGCACAUCCUGGAUCUGGAUCCCAUGGCGUGCCAGGAUGUCUGUGUGUCUCCACCCUCCCAAAAUGCAUAGAAAUUAUACCAGAGACUGACAACAGCAAGGCAGAAAAAAACAGGCAUUUGCUCACUGACACACAAUCUGUCAACAGAAAACCAAAAGGACCCUGAGGAUCUCUGUGCUCCAGUCCUCUUUGUAAACUCAAUGCUUCUCUUACAGUUUACAUUGGUUCAGAUAACUUUAAAUGACAUAUGCAUUUGAUUAAAUUACUCUAGUCAAAGUUUACUGGAGGAAUGGUUUAUAAGUGAGGAGGGAAGUGAUGGCAGUAUUGGCA